CGGGAGUUGACACAGCUUCAGGUAUAUCAACCAUCGUGACUCCCAACCCAAGAGCUUAAUUUUCUUACUCGCCAUCCUCAACUCACUCUAGCCUCUCUACCACCGCCUCUCAACUCAACAACAUCCUUGGCUGCGCCAACGAACAAUUUAACGAUUUUACGACAACACCCCUUCUGCAAAAUACCAUAAACACAACCCCCCGCACGAAUAUCAACAUGUCUGCCUUCCGAGCCGGUCUCUCCCUCUGCAGCCGCCGUGUUACAGCAUCCUCUGGCAGGAUCGUCAGUCGGCCAGCAAACGGCGCUACUUCUGCGAAGAGAUGCUACUCAGACCUGCCAUUCUACGCAUACACCUCCGCAGUUGGCCUCGGAGGAGUUCCACUAGCCUUCGGCGGUGCCGCUAGUGUCAUGGGAGCAGGAUUGUACGCCCUUGGAAAGGACCCCCGAGAUAUCAAGCAUAACGAUCAUCAGGCACAGAUGGCUCUGAACCCAAAGCGGUCAUACCGGGACUCUAAGUCUACCCGUUGGACCACCAUAUAGUUUGAAUGCAAGCACAUAUUGGUCCAAAGAUUAGACUUUCCAUGACAGCCGUGCAACUGUGAUGUACUAGUGCGGCUUAUUGCGCAACAAGCCCUGUGGCCCCGCAAUGGUCGUAAGACUUUUGCUGGCUGUUGUCUGAUGCGAUGAUAGUAUGCUCCAGCGGAAUGUACGGAAGUAAGUUGAUAAAACUAGUUCUCGGCAACAUGGGUGGUCUCAUCUUGAGGCUUGUCGGCCUCAUUGGCCUUGGCCAUCUUUUACAGUUAGUACAUUGGAUCAAUGCUAGCUUGUCACAAAUUG